ACCUGCUCUGCCUCCCGGGUGAUCGUGUGCAGCUUUGGGAGACGGCAACAUUCGUCUAUGUCGAGCAGCAAACCUUUUUUUUUUUUUUUCUAUUUGCAAAACACCACAGCUUCUGAAGGGAUUUGCUCCGAAACGAAGGUCAGCCAUUGUCCCAUUUUCCAAGAGGGCUGUUCUCUCAAGGCUUCUCUCUCAAGAGUGAUGGCAGGCAUAUGAUUCAAGCCGUUUCUUGCCCACACUUGUCACCUUGUGCAUCCUGUGUGGAAAAAGACUACUGCGAGCACUUACACAGGGUGGAUGUCUUAAACCAUGAGUAUCCUGGGACCUCAGUCCAGCCAGGCUAACGGUGUGGCCAGAUCGGACAGCAAGAUAAGCGCCAAGGCCCUCUACGAGCAGAGGAAGAAGUACUCCAACUCCAAUAUGAUCAUGCACGAGACAUCACAGUACCAUGUCGAGCAUCUCUCCACCUUCAUGAUGGACAAGUCAGAGUCUAUCGCCAGAGUGGACGAUGCUAUCAAGAAGCUGGUCCUCCUGGAUUCCAAAGACAAGAUCUGGACACAAGAGAUGCUCUUACAGGUCACUGACAAGGCUGUCAAACUGCUGGAGUGUGACACAGAGGAAGAGCUGGAGAACUUUCCCCUACCCACCAUCCAGCACUGUCAAGCAGUGCUGAACCAGACACGGUAUCCCUCAGUGCUGCUGCUGGUGUGCCAGGACACUGAGCAGCACAAGCCGGACAUCCACUUCUUCCACUGUGAUGAGGUAGAGGCUGAGAUGGUUUAUGCAGACAUUAACAGCGCCCUCGGAGACAACAAGCAUGGAAAGAAAAUGAGGCCACAGACCCUGAAGGUAAACCAGGAAAAAAUGAAGCGUCACAGAGAGUCCAUUAUCCCUCCCUCAACCCCAAAGGGCCCUGCCCCUAUAGCGAAGGGAAGAGUGGCUGCCAUGAGCGCGCCAGAGAGACGAGGCUCGGGGCAGAAUGACGCCGAAUCCCAUGAAAAGCUGGCCCAGCGCAUAGAGAAGGAUGUGCAAAUCCUAAAUUGUGCCCUAGACGACAUCGAGAUUUUUGUGGCACGGCUGCAGAAGGCAGCAGAGGCCUUUGCCCAGCUCAACCAACGCAACAAGAGUAAGAAGAAUAAGAAGAAAGGACCAGCAGAGGGCAUGCUGACCCUGCGAGCAAAGCCCCCCUCUGAAGCAGAGUUCAUCGAUAGCCUGCAGAAAUUGAAGCUGGCCUUCAAUCUCUUGGCCAAACUGAAGAAGCACAUCCAGAACCCGAGUGCAUCUGAACUGGUUCAUUUUCUCUUCGGGCCUUUGGAGCUGGUGCUGCAGAGCUGUGGGAGUCCUGAAUUGCCCCGCUCAGUCAUCUCACCCCAUCUGUCCAAGGAUGCUGUAGAAUUCCUGAGAGGAAACCUCUCUCCCAAAGAGAUGACCAUCUUUGAGUUACUUGGGGAUGGAUGGACAAAACCCAGAGCGGAGUGGCCCAGGGACCAGUGUGCCUCUCCUUACUACCCCAAAUUUCGUAAUGGUUGGGAGCCUCCAGCGGAGCUCUUCAGAAUGUCACCAUGGGAGACAGAGGGACUGUCAGGGCCCCCCAUGUCCCCCAUGUCCCCCAUCACCCCAGACUACAGAAGCCACACAGCUGAUGAUUUCUUUGGCACUCAUUCCUCAACCUCAUCAAAUGGGUCUUACAAUGGGAUGCCGUCCUCCCGCAAGUAUGCCAAGAUUCGCUACCACUUUGUGGCCCGCAAUGCCAACGAGCUGUCAGUGCUGCAGGAUGAAGUUCUAGAGGUGAUUGAGGAUGACAAACAGUGGUGGAAGCUACGGAAUCGCAGUGGUCAGGCAGGCUACGUUCCAUACAACAUCUUGGAUGUUGUGAAGCUAGAAGAGCCACAAAGCAUGCCAGAGGUCUUCUACAGCCAGCCCUUCAGAGGGACGUCACCAAGUUCAGUGAGCCCCGGAGACAAUUUUAACAUGGGUAGACACAAGGAUAAAGCUCUGUCCCACCAGAUGGGUGAGAUUAAUGACGAAUUAUUGAAGAGAAUCACUACUAACAAGAGCCAGCCUCCCACAAGGAACUUCCGGGUGGAGCGUGCUUCAGGCAGCCACAUACCACUUAAGUUUGACUCCAGCCCAGAAGAAGUCUCCACCUGGCUCAAUGGGAAAGGAUUCUCAAAAGCUACGGUGGAUUGCCUGGGCAUCCUGACUGGAGCCCAGCUGUUUUCCCUUAACAAGGAGGAACUGAAGGCUGUGUGCGGAGAUGAGGGCUCUCGUGUCUACAGUCAGAUCACUGUGCAGAAAGUGCAGCUCGAGAAGAGCACCGGGGAUACAGAGCUCCAGGAGAUCAUGAGGCGGAGACAAGAGAAGCUCGGCUCUACCAGUAAGGACUGAACAUGCUGACUGCCCACAUACCAGAACCGUGCAUGGUUGACCAAACCAGUAUGAUUUACCCAGAAUCCUACCUUCCUUGCAGCAUUCCAGCAGCAGCAGCGGCUUUCAAAAAGCUUUCAAAUCUACACAGUAGAACAUAUUGAAAUGUUGUAUGCAUUUUUUUUUGAUUGUAUAUUUAUUUUGUAUCACUGAUUAACAUGUACGUAUUCCAUAAUUUUCUGAGCUAAUUGUGUUGCUUUUGUUAUCUGAUGUACUUUUAACCACAAGAUGAAUGUUGUAUGAAAAGUGGAACGUGAUUUUUAUGUACAGUGCGUGUGCGAGUGUGUCCAUUUGUGUAUGCAUGACAUGCAUGUAACCUGUACAUACAAGCAGUGUGUACACAAUCAACGUUCAUGUCCGUUAUUGCAAGUGUUAAAUAAAUGACAUGUAGAUUUUAGCUUAUACUAUUGCAAACCCAAAUCCUUGUGCCAGAAUUUACGACUUAUACGUAAGCAUCUAUCUUCAUAUUCUUCUGUUUGUAUAUCCUUUGAGUAAAACUGGUGUAGAAAUACAGUAUGUUAUUCGCAGCUUGCACGGGUGAGAAAAUAACAUAUCUGUCACGUCUUAAUGUCACGUCAUAUUUGUCAUAUUAUAAAUCAGAUGCAUCAGCCGGUGAAGCUACGUCAGUUUAAAUAAUCUAGCUGUACAUGAUCAUGAUUUCCUUACAAACCCGUGACAGUUUGUCAGAACGACAGCUCUCGCCACAGAGAAACUUCAAGUAAUUCUGUGCUAUUGAUGACCAUUGUUAAAUGUGCAUGGAAUUUUACACUGAAUCCUGCAAAGUCACUGUCAAUUAUAAGGUAAUAACUAAAGAAUGGUAGGUUGUUCUGCUAUCGGAAAAGGUUAAACAAUACGUGGUAUCAUUUAAAAAACGAGUGGACUCAAAAAAAAAAAUCAGGGGUGUUGUAAAUAUGUGACAAUGAAUAUAAAAACUACACCUUAAUAAAAUGUACUUGGUAAA